AUGGUCGCUGCCACCAUCUAUGGUUCAAGGCCCAAUAGCAUGCUCGCGAGGGUCGACGCCGAGAGGGAGCGAUCUCUGGCUAAAGUCCGGAGUGUUGCCAUGCUUGAUAUCCUCACAAAUUCCGCCCUGAGUCGGCAUCCUCCAUUUUCCCUCCUGGUUAUGUCUCUGCCUCAUUCACUCAACGGGAAAGAUUCUGAUCCCAAAUUCCUGGAGCUGGAUCAAGGCCCCCGAUCUUACAAGGCAUGUACGGCUUGUCGGACCCGGAAAGUCAGAUGUAUUAUCGAGGACCGGGGAGUUGGUAAGGCCUGUGCUCUUUGUAUCAAGAUCAUCGGAGACUCAAAUUCCCCCGGACAGAGCUCAAUCUCCUCCCUCGCCUUAGCAAGCCCCGACCCCCAGCAACUACGGUCGCUAUUUGAAGACGACGAUAUUCUCCUUGGAUGUCUUGUUGCUAUUUCUAGUCGCUACUACCACCUCCCCAAGUAUGCUGUUGGCGGCUACGAGAGGAGUUGCGAAAUCCACAAUAGCUGCUGGCAAUGGACGAGGCGCCAGGUUUCUAGAGUCAUUUUUGAGGGAGCCAGACCGCAGUCACUACUUUCUGUCAUUGAGACGUUACUGAUCUUGGCUGAGUGGUUACCGAAGUUCAUCCAUGCGUUUGUCGAGAAUAAUGACCUGCACUCACACAUUCAUGCCGGAUGA